AUGGACGUCGUCUUCGCCGCAACAGAGGCAUACAUCGGACCGAGAGCGUUGACCACAAUCGCAAGCGAAUGGGGUAUUGAGGCGGCGGCGGAGCCGGGUGGUGAAGUCGACCCUGGCUUAUUACAAUUCAAGAGGAUACAGUCGGGCGAUGCCCUCCCAGCGGAGUUGAGGCGGCAAGCACCCUGGAAGUGGAAUAUUACCACCACACACAAAAUCAUGAAGACAGACGAAUUUGGCUCCGACAAUGCCGCACCCAGCCCGCACGCGCUACAAAGCACGCCAGUACCACUGGAAGAGGCAGCCCAAUCCUUCGUCCGGGCCCUCAUCGGCGCAUUGCACGUCCACCUUGGCUCCCCACUCGUCAAGCGCUUCUUCCGCGACCACUUCCUCAGUCGACAUCUCGAUAUCAGCACAAUUUUCGAUUUCCGAAUGCCGACACGCGAUCUCUCACGGUUAUGCGCACGAGAAGGCUUCGAGCCACCGGUUGCCCGAUUGAUCUCAGAAACUGGUCGCUUGAGCAGACAUCCUGUCUUCGUGGUUGGGGUAUACAGCGGAAAGGACAAGCUAGGAGAGGGAUCAGGCAGUUCAUUAGAUGAGGCCAAGACAAGAGCAGCGGCAGCAGCAUUGAAGGCAUGGUACCUAUACAAGCCGGUCGAGGUCACCGUCCCGAGCAGCAUGGAGGGCGAGUUGGAUACGAGCAAGUGGCGGCCAAACCACGUCGACCACGGAGAGGUCAUUGUGUAA